AUGGAAUAUCAACAGCCAGCACGACGAGGCAUGCAAGCAAUAAAGUGUGUAGUGGUUGGUGACGGCGCAGUUGGAAAGACUUGCUUAUUGGCUGCAUAUGCUCAAAAUAAAUUUCUUGGUGAAUAUCGCCCAACGAUAUUUGACAAUUAUGCCGUGGUAGUAAACAUUAAUCAGGAACCUUAUAAUUUAAACUUAUUCGAUACCGCUGGUCAAGAAGACUAUGACCGUCUUCGUCUAUUGAGCUAUCCGCAGACUGAUAUUUUUUUGGUGUGUUUUAGUAUUUCACAACCUUCAUCGUUGGAAAAUGUUCGCUCUAAGUGGAUACCAGAAAUUACUCAUCAUUGUCCUCGCACACGAUUUAUACUUGUCGGAACACAAAUUGAUCUUCGAGAUGAUCCGAAAACUAUUGCCAAUUUGAAAAAGUCCCAUGAAACUGUGGUCUCAUUCAAACAAGGUGAAAAAGUGAGCCGUGAGAUUAAAGCAGUCACAUUUGUUGAGUGUAGUGCGUUAACACAAAAAGGGAUCAAGGAAGUAUUUGAUGAAGCAAUCAUUGCCGCUCUUGUUCGACCAAAAGAACCACGCAAACCAAUAUGUACUCUUUUAUGA